AUGGCUGCCCAGAACAUCAGCUUUGCCUCGCCCGUGGCAGACGCGAAGUACGCGCAGAUUGUCGGCAAUCCGCAGAUCCACGGCCUCCUGGCCAAGUUAUCCGAACUCAGCGGAUGGACCAUUGCUCUCACCAUCCUCCUUGUCUUGGUCGCGUACGAUCAAUGUAAUUACAUAUGGCAGAAGGGAUCAAUUGUCGGCCCUGCAUGGAAAGCUCCUUUCAUCGGGCCCUUCCUUCAAUCGAUGGACCCGAAAUGGCAUGAAUACAAGGCGAAAUGGGACAGUGGCGAGCUCAGUUGCGUGUCGGUUUUCCACAAGUUCGUUAUCAUUGCCGCUUCCCGUGAUAUGUCUCGAAAAGUCUUCAAUUCCCCAACUCACGUCAAGCCAUGCGUCGUCGAUGUGGCGCCCAAACUUCUAGGAGCGGACAACUGGGUCUUCCUUGAUGGCAAGGCGCAUGUCGACUUCCGGAAAGGCCUCAAUCGCUUGUUCACUCGCGAAGCGCUGGAAUCAUAUCUACCCGGUCAGGAGGAAGUCUACAAUGUAUACUUCGAAAAAUUCCUCAAGGUCACGAAAGAUGCUCAAGGCAAACCCGUUCCUUUUAUGCCGGAAUUCCGAGAACUCAUGUGCGCCGUCUCGUGCCGAACCUUUGUUGGUCACUAUAUUUCCGAUGAAGCCGUCAAGAAGAUCGCCGAUGACUACUACCUUAUUACGGCAGCCUUGGAAUUGGUCAAUUUCCCAAUUAUCCUUCCCUACACUAAGACUUGGUAUGGCAAGAAGGCUGCCGACAUGGUUUUGGAGGAAUUCUCUAAGUGCGCUGCCAAGAGCAAGGUUCGAAUGGCUGCUGGAGGUAGCAUUACCUGUAUCAUGGAUGGCUGGGUGAAGGCCCAACUUGAUUCCGCUGCGUACCGUGAGCGCCAGGAGAAGGGACUUCCCAUGGAUGGAAUUGAAAAGCCAUCACCACUGCUCCGUGAAUUCAAUGACUACGAGAUCUCUCAGACCAUCUUCACGUUCUUAUUCGCUUCGCAAGAUGCUACAAGCAGUGCUGCAACUUGGCUGUUCCAAACCAUGGCUCAACGCCCGGACGUUCUCGACAGGAUCCGCGAGGAAAACCUGCGAAUUCGUGGCGGUGAUAAAGACAAGCCAAUCUCCAUGGACAUGCUUGAUGGAAUGACUUAUACUCGCGCUGCUGUUAAGGAAUUGUUGAGAUACAGACCUCCGGUCAUUAUGGUGCCAUAUCUUGCCAAGAAACCGUUCCCGAUCUCCGAUACCUAUACUGUCCCUAAAGGCGCCAUGAUCAUUCCCUCUGUAUACCCGGCACUUCGUGACCCAGAAGUAUACACCAACCCUGACACCUAUGAUCCUGAGCGGUAUUACAGCGGUGAUGCAGAGACCAAGGGAGCGAAGAAUUUCCUCGUCUUUGGAACCGGCCCUCACUAUUGUCUCGGUCAAGUGUAUGCGCAAUACAACCUGGCUCUCAUGAUUGGAAAGGCUUCGAUGCAUCUUGACUGGGUCCAUCACCCAACCCCUCGCUCAGAGGAGAUCAAGGUCUUCGCAACGAUUUUCCCUAUGGAUGACUGCCCGUUGACAUUCACAAAGCGGGAAUGA